AUGCCGCCACCUGUUACGAUACCUCCUACAGCCUUUAUUUCUGUUCCCUUAGGGCUCGCAGGCCUACUGAUAGUCCUGCUUUUCGUGACGGCAAACGGAAAACCAGCAGCACCUAUGGCAGUUCACAAACAACAGUUUACAUCGACGCCCAAAUGGAUAAAUCCUUGCGGGGAAGCUGCCGAGAAUCCUGAUGGGUCAAUUUACAUAGAACAAAUGAAAGAUGAGCAAUUGUUAGGGACGAUCAUCUUGAGAGCGAGAAACGCGCUAGAUCACGCGAAGCGUUUCUGCGACCAUUUUUCAAAAGAGUCGCUCGGAUUGAAUUUCGAGUCGAUGCAAGCGUCGUGGAACAACCGUCAGUAUCAUUGGCUGCCAGGUCCGCUGGAAAUUCCAAAACAGCUGGGCACGACGUUGUCCGAAGACUAUUUAAGCAAACUUGAGGUGCGGAUGAUUGACUCUGCGUUGUUGAAUGCGUACGAGUAUAUGCAGAAGUAUGCUGUGGGCUUAGAACAAAUUACCUAUGACCAGAAGGAGGAACAGCUUAAUUUUCAAAAAGAGUUUGUUGAGACUGAACACAAUCUUCGUUCCGUCCUAUGUGAGCUACAAGUAGCAAUGAUGGAACGAGGAGUACCACAACGUGGUGACGUAUCGCGUGACAUAAUGCCUGACAUGUUUCGUCAAGUAGAGUCGAUAACGUCGAGAAACACCCGAGACUGGAUAAUAUUCCGGGACUACAUGAACGGCCUGGAGUACGUAGUCCAGGUAUUCGAGCACCUGAAGAACAACUUAGAGUCCUCUUGA